AUGCAACAAUUCUAAAACUAAACAUUUAUUUCUGAUUAAACUCCUAUUCAGCAAUCUAAUAGUUAAUUUUAAACAUCUGAUAAAUAAGACUUUAAUCAAUAAUUAAAUACUUAAAUGAACUAUCCAUUUCAAAACAUAUUUGAUCUUUCCAUAUCUGAGGCAAAUCAAUUUCAACAAGAAUAGCCAAAUAAUUCAAUCAAAGAGUUAGUUAAUUCAAUGCUAGCUUAGAUUUCUAAUAAUGAGGAAAUUUUAGGAGUUUAAACUAAUAACAAUGAAGACGAUUAUUUUGAUGAUUAAUUGGAUGAUCUAGAAUUUUAAGAAAUUUAAUAUGAAUUAUAUUUAAAAGCUCUUAAUAGAAACUGUAUAUUACAUUAAGAGAAUUAUAAAACUUAAGUAGCUAUUAUGUUAAUGUGGAAUUAUUUGUAUAAAAAUCCAAACAAAAAAGUAGUAGUUUUGUCCACUACAAUUCAGAAAGUUGAAAUCUUAGGAAAAUAUAUAAAAACUAUGUUACUUAGAUUAGUUGAAACAUUUAUAGAUGAUUAAAAUAUUUUAAUUAGGGCAUAAGAUUAUUGUGAUACUUUAAAAAUUAUACACCCUAAUAAAUGUACAGAUUUGUGGAAUAACUUAGUUUGGUAAAUAAUGUUACAAGAAAACCAUAUUUAUGUUAUGACAAGUGAAAUUUUUGUGAAUUCUUUAAGAAGAGGAUAUUGGAAAUUUACAGAUUUUAGUUUCAUUUAUAUGGAUGAUUGUCAAAUCACUAUUUUUGAAAAUCCUUAUAACCAUCUCUUUAAAGAGUUUUAUUUUCCUUUAAAAUAAUAAGUUUAGGUACCCAUUAUUGUUGGUGUAUAUAAUCCUAUGUAUGCAAAUAAUAAAUUUAUAGCUGAUGAAUAAAUACUAAAAGAACUUGUAUAAUUAUGUGCUAAUAUGGAUGCCCGUUUUUUAAAUAUUAAUAUUGAGGCUAUUAAAUAACGGAUAAAUGAAAAAAAAAUAAUAAUCUCUACUUACAAAUCUUAUAUUAAUGAAUAUAAAUUUCAUAAUAUGCUUGAUAGUAAUAUAUAAAAUAGAAAUCUUAAUAGUUAUCUAAUUGAUAAACUAAAUAAGAAUAACUUUUUUGAAGAGUUAAAUUAAUUUAAAUUAAUUCUAUCUAAAUUUAAAUCUAAAUGUCCAAACCAUUUUUCAUUUAAAAUAAUUGUUUAUUAUUUUCAAUAAUUAUUGCUAAAACAUACUUUAACCUCGUAUUUUGAUAUUGGUUAAUAACCAUUUUGUAUUAAUAAUUAAUUACAUUUUAGGUUUGAUACUUCAAUUUAUAAUUGAAAAAUUUAAAGAAUAUAUAAAUUCUAAAUAAGUUGAUCCUAUUUAUCAUGAAUUUUUACUUGUUUUGGAAAAAUCUCUGGUCUCUCUGGUCAAUUCUAAAUAAAAUUAAUAAUAAAAUUCAUUAUCCCCUAAAUUUAAACUACUUUAAGACCUUCUCAUAUAGAGUUAUAAAAAUUCUAAAAUUCCUAAUAAUCGUAUUCUUAUUUAUGUAAAAAAAUAAUCCUUGGCAUAUUUUCUCUUAAAAUCAUUGUAAUCUUACUCUAAAGUUAUAUCAUAAGGUAUUGUUGAUUUAUAUAAAUAUAGAUUUAAAAAUUGGAAUUUUUUAGAAAAUUAGAGAUGAAUUAGAUUUAAAAAGAGCUUAAACUGAUUUAACUAAUAUUUAUUUAGAAAUCUAUUAGGAUCUUUAAAGAGAUUAACUUUAGUUCUCAUUUUUUGAAUUAAAAAAUUAAUUGAUUUAGUUAAAUUAGUUUUUUAAUUUAGAUUAAUUAAUUUAUCAAUCUGCAUAAGAGAAUGAAUUGAAUGAUUGUUAGAUUGUUAUAACAACUUAAUUAGAUGUAAACUUUGCAUUAAGUUUUCACUAAUUAAUUUGUUUUAAUCCUAUACCUCAUUCCAUUUAUAAUUAACUAAAUUGUUAAAUGAAAGAUAAAAUAUUACUAAUCAUAAUAUUGAAGGUCGAUAAUACAGAUUUAAAAUAAAAAUCUUAAUCCAAUAAUUAAAACAACUUCUAUAAUCCUCAAAAAGUUGAAAAAAUUAUAAAUGAAUUUACAAUUCCUUAAAGAGAACUUAUUUUACAAAAGGCAAUUGAUAAUUUAUGUAUUUAUUCAUUGAUAUAAAGAAAGCAAGGCCAUCCAAAAUAUGUAUUAUGAGUGUUAUAAUAUACAAAAAAGUGGAGCCUUAUUAAAUACAAAUUGGGCUUGUAAUUUGAUUGAAUAUUUUAAUCAAUAAAUUUAUUUAGAAAAAAAAGGUAAAACUGUCUCAAAAUAUGCUAUUUAUUAAUUAAAAUAUGGUAAUCAAAAACAAAGUGAUUAAUAUAUUGCCUUUUUACUACUUCCUAAUUAAGUUUAGAAUAUUAUUUUUUAUGGUAGCAAAACUUAAGGCAUUAAAGAAGCAAAAGCUUCUGUUGCUUUUUAAGCUGCCAUUUAGUUAUAUAAAAAAGGCUAUUUUGACUGUCAUCUUAAUUCAUAUAUAUAGAAUCAUAUAGGAUAAAACAUUGGAGCAGAUUAGGUAGAUCCUUCGAUUAUAAUGGUAAAGAAGUUUAUUAACUUUUGUAGACAUAAGAGUAAUUAAAUAUCCAUUCCAAAUAUUGUAUAACUAUUAGAUAAAAAUAUAUAUCUAUUUUAAAAGGGAUGGUUAAAGAAGAGAAAUACUUUCAAACAUAUUAAAAGUAAUUGCUUGUUAUUUAGAAGCAAGAAAUCAAUUUUAUUAAAUAGGAAUGCAAAUUUUAAAAUUAAAAUAUCUAAUUACUAUACCCUUAAUAAUUUAAAGAAAAAUUAAAAUAAUGUGAGAUGUUAUUAAAAAUGCUUGAUAUUAAUUUAGGUGAAGAACAAACAAUAUCCAAAGAUAAUUAUUAUGAAUAUUAUUAAAAAUAUAUAGAAUCAAUUAUAUUUGAAGAGGAUUUAAUAUAAAUGGGUGAAAACCUUUUUGGUAGAGUAGGUUCAGGUAAUAAACUAUUAUAUUAUUAUAGAAUUGUUAUUCAAAAUAAAGAGUAAAAAUGAAAAAAAUGGAUUAAUGAUAUUAAAUAAUUAAAAUAAAGGUAAAAAAACUAAAACACAUUUCAUUAUUAAUUAAUUUCUUUUAGUAUUAAAAUCAAAUUUAUUUAAAUAAAUCAUUGAACCAAAAUUAAAAAUUAAACAAGAUUUAGAAGAUACAAUUUAAUUCGAUAUCACUCCAAAUUAUAUUUUAAACAAUUUAAAUCAAUUUUACAAUUAAAUAACUCCUAUUAUAUUAAAUUUAAAAGUAUAAAAUUAAGAACAUAAACGCAUUUAAAGGAUUUAGCAAGUAGAAAAAAUAAUAAAUAAUAAUGGAUUAUUUUUAGAUAAAUUAGAUUAAAUAAUAUUAAAUUCAUUAAAUGUAUCUUCAUAUAAAUCAGAAAAUCUAAUGUUAGGUUAAUCUUAUUAUAAAUUUUUAAUUACAAUUUAAUUAUUAUUAAAUUAUCCUACAUUAGAUUUUAAAAUUUUAGAACAAACUAUUAAACACUUUAAUAGUAGUACAUACAUUAGAAAUUGUUUAAUGGAGUCAUAUUUAUUUUUAUUUUUACAUAAUUAUGAUAUAAUCGAUAUAUCAAAGACUUUAAUUGGAAUUGAAAGAUUAGAUAGUAAUUAUGAUUUAUUAUUAUAAUAAUAAUAAAAUGUAGAUUUUUUAGAAUCUUCUCAUAACUAAAGAGAUAUGAAAUAGUUAUAAAAUACAGUAAAGAUUUCUAACAUAGAUUUUAAAUAAUUUUUAGAGUAAUCAUUAUCAAUGAUUGAAAAAGAAGAUUAUUAAUAAAUCUAGGGUUUUGAUUGGAUCAGAAUUCUUAAUUUAACAAAAAAAUUAGAAAAAUAAAAGGGUUCAUAAAAAGAUUUAAAAUUUUUAUAUCCUCAAUAGAUUUGGAACAAUUAAAAAUUUGGAUAGUUAAAAUGUAUUUAUAGUAAAUUUGAAGAAAUAAUAAAAUAUUAAUUUAAUAGCUUUGAAUUAUUAUUUUAAGCAUUGACUGAUGUUAGUUUUAAGAUGAUUAUAAAUAAUGAAGUUCAGUAAUAGUAUAUGUAGAAGUUCUCAACGAAAGAUGAGUUUUAAGGAUAAAUGUCUGAAUAAGAAUUAUAAGAGUAGAUUAAAUAAAUUGAUUUUAUGAAUAGUAUAGCUUAAAAUAGCUAUUAGAACUCUUAAUUAGCAAUUCUUGGUAAAUCAUUAUGGGAUUAUGCAUUAUCAAAGAUAUUAAUUGAAUAGAAUUUAGGUAUUUAUAUUGUAGAUUAAAUAAUAGACACUUUAUCUUUUAUGACUUUAAAUAAAAUUCUAAAAGGGAUUUCAUUUUUGUCUUAUGCUGCAAUAAAAUUAAGAAUUCAUUAAUUUUUAAAUAACAGUUUCUAGAAAUAAUUAUAAGAUUUUGUAGAUCUAAAUGAAAAGAGCAAAGAUUAAUCUAUUACUUUUCAUGUUAGUUCUCUACCUCAUAAUUAGAAUUCUAUUAUGUUAAGGAAUGCAUUUUUGGCUUUGAUUGGAGCAAUAUAUAUUGAUAGUGAAUUUGUAUUAUCAGUAGUUGUUGAUUGGAUUAGAUAAUUAUUUAAUUAGAUUAAUGUAUAAUAAUUAUUUAAUCCAGAAUUUGUAUAAAGUAGAUCAAGGUAUCAAUUUUAUUAAUGGUAUUAAUUAAUAUGACUAAUAGGUAUUAAAAAAAUAUGGGAAAUCCACUUAACUUUGAUUUGAUUAAGAUUCCUCAUUAGGAUUAAAAGAAAACAGGUUAAGGGAUAUUCUUAUAUUUACCUUUUGAUUAAAAGGAAGGUUCUAUAGUGAAUAUAAAAAGAGAUAAAUAUUAUGAGAUUGUCCAAUUACACAUUUAUGCAAAAUGUAAAAGUUAGGCAUGGGAUAAGUUAUAUGAAUUAAUUGAAUAUUGA